CCGCCCUUCCCCAAACAUGAGCGCCAAGUGCUUCAAGAUUCUGGUGCUGGUGUCGCUGAUCCCCCUGGCUCUCACGGCGACCUCGCUUCUUCUCGGCCAUGGCGUGCCGUCGUCGUUUCACCAAUCCUGGUCCACGGGUACUACCGCUGUGAGCAUUUCUGGUCCGGUGCAUAAACGGCAUCGCCAGACGACGCCCCGGAGGAGGGUGGAGGGCACCCUGGCCGCAUUUGACUCGAGGCGGCCCCGGCAGGUCGACGGCGAGGGCUGGUUUGAGGACGACAAGAGGCUGGCGCCGACCGGGUCCAACCCUCUGCACAACUUACGGUGACGGUGGCGGUGGCGGUGUCGCUGCUUUGCCGGCCGGUCUUUCUCAGCUCGUGAAUUUUGCAGGUCAGCAGGAAGGCGAUUGGAUUUUGCUUUCGGUAAUGCCUAUGAUCUCGAUCUUCGAUUUCUUCAUAUGAUCCAUGGACCACGGUGUGGCAUCGUAAUACAUUCUUAUUCUUGAAGUCUAUGUACAUACCAAUUGAAUACAUGAAUUGUUUGCUCCAUAGUCGAUACGUGUGAAGAAAC